AUCACUUCGUCCAAUCAUGGUACGUCUGGUGGACGGCGCGAGGAGGCGCUUCGAUUCAAAUCGGCCGCCGGCGCGGUGCGCCAAUCCUGGUGUCGCACCGUGGUGGCUCGCGUUGCGCGCCCGCCAAUCGUCCGCGAUGUUGCACGCGAGAACCGUCGCAACAUCGCGCUUCGUUGUCGAAAGUUCGCUGUUCGCGCAACUAGGCCGAGUUACCGGCUUCCAUGGAACGUCCAGGCGUACGGUGGGCGAUCGCGCCCUCAACCGCGGUCAAAUCUCGCGGAAGGUUAUGCACGAGAAUUACGUGAAAAUGCUCGAAAAGUGCAAGUCGAAGAAACUUCCUCAAGAUGUGAAUCCCAAGGGUGUAUUUGCUUGCAAUGAGCUCGACUUGAAAGAAGUGCAGGUCUAUGGAUUCGAUUAUGAUUACACUCUGGCGUGUUAUAAGCCAUCCAUGGACCAUUUGCUUUAUACCCUCGGACGCAACAUGCUCAUUGAAAACUAUAAGUACCCAGAGGGAAUUGCCAAUCUUGAAUAUAGAGAAAAUUUCGCCGUUCGCGGCCUCCAUUAUGACAUCGAAAAGGGUCUUCUCUUGAAACUCGACAGUUUCCUGCAAAUUCAAUUCGGCACCGUUUACCGUGGUUUGCAUCCCUUAUCCGACGAUGAGGUCCUCCGGAUCUACAAAAACAGGAUAAUACCUAUAGCUUAUGUGGAGGCGCCGCAGAAACACUCUCACAAGGAUUCUCCACAUCGCACGAAAAUGGUUCAGCUAGCUGAUCUGUUCUCCGUACCAGAAAUGACGCUACUGUGUAACGUCAUGGAAUAUUUUCUGCAAAAUCACAUCGAUUACCAUCCAGAAAUACUAUUUAGGGACGUCAAGAAUUCCGUACAGAACUGCCAUCCUAUAAUGCAUAAAUUAGUAGUGGAAAAUGUCUCGGAGUAUCUAGAAUUCAACAAGGACUUGAGGAGGUUCUUCGAUCGACUUCAAAAUGCCAACAAGAAGAUGUUUCUAGUCACAAACAGUCCUUUCCACUUCGUUGAUGAGGGCAUGCAGUUCCUAGCCGGUAAAAAUUGGAAGGAUCAUUUCGACGUAGUGAUCGUCCAAGCGAGGAAGCCGAGGUUCUUCACCGAGGAAUCACGCCCUUUGAGAAUCUAUGACGAAGUUAAUCAAACGCAAUUGUGGGAUCGAGUUACGAAACUUAACAAGGGCGUUAUAUACCUCGAAGGAACCGUUAAGCAGCUGCAGGACAUGACUGGCUGGCGAGGACACCAGGUACUGUACUUUGGCGAUCAUCCGUACAGUGACUUGGCGGAUGUGACUUUGGAACACGGUUGGCGAACCGGGGCAAUAAUCAAAGAACUAACGUACGAAAUUGAAAGCCUGAACGACCCGAAGUUCAAAGAAAACGUGAACUGGCUGCAGAUGCUGACCGGCCUAAUCGAGGAGCAUCAGGACUACGAAGGCCCGGAGGUGCAGGACGAGCUGGACAAAUGGAUGGAGGAGCGAGAUCAAUUGAGAGACGAAAUCAAGUCCGUCUUCAAUAAGCAGUUCGGCUCAGUGUUCAGAACAUAUCACAACCCGUCUUACUUCUCCAGAAGACUGUUCAGAUUCGCCGACAUCUACAUGAGCUCCAUCACGAAUCUCUUGGAGUACUCUACGACCCAUACCUUUUAUCCUAGGAGGGGCGUGAUGCCCCAUGAAUAUACCAGCUACUUCAUGUAAACCAGCGAGUCUUUCUAGAGUAAUGCGCGCCGCUCCGACUAGAAGGGAGCGAAAUACUUUUAGAAUCUAGAGUUCCAGUAUUCCGCACCGAACAAUAAAUCGUAAUGAAUGUGUUCAGUACAACUCGUAACGUACAACUGGCGGGGCGGAAAAAUUACUUCCGCCGUAGGACACCUCCCCCUUGCUGCUAAAUACGCAACGUAGAUCGACAUAUCGAGAUCAAUGUUACCGCGCUUUUACAGCACAUCGUUACAGCUGAUUUGCAUUGAAAUGUAAUGUAUGUAAACGCGCUAAACGAGCGUCGUACAGGUCACAAAAGCUCUUACGUUAGUAUUAUUACCAUGACAAUAGCCACAUUAUGCAAAGUGAAGUGAUACAUCGUGCUGUAACGAGUAGAGCGCAUAGCGCGUAGAAAACGAAUUAAAAGUUGUCAUCAGAGUUGAACGCAGAGUAUUAUCGAGCUAUGAGAUCAAGUAUUUUUUAGGAAUUCGUAUUUAAUAGAGUUUAUUUUUCAGAAACUAUAUGUAAUGAAGAGAGAGAGAGAGAGAGAGAGAUAUGUGCUUUUGCGCAAUUAGAUUAAGAGAGAGAAUAUCGAUCUGAAUCGUGUUGAUACUCAAUUAUUUUUGCAACGAGAUUAUAUUUAACGUGCAUGAAAACUGAAAUAUUUAUUUAGCUUGUAAAAGAUUUGUAAACAUGGCAUCCACAAAGAAAUAUUAAAUACAAUAGUUUGCAAUCCACCCAUUGCUAUUGCUGGAUAACAAACAAUUGCCGAGAAAA